AUGUCUGCUCUCCGUGUGGCCGCGCGCCGCCUCCCUCGCGCCUCUCGGCUGGUCCCUUCAAUUGAGUCACCCUGUCAGCGUCGAUUUGCAGCCACUUCCAAUGUCCCCCAGGAUGUGAAGGCUCACGUCCAGAAAGAGGCGACUCUGCCAAACCCUGACCCCUCUCCCGACUCACUCACGCAGUCAUUCAUCAACGAGCGCACUCCGUUUAUGGUCCCCACCUAUGUUCGUCCGCCCCCCAUGAUGAUGAAGGGACAGGGUGUCUACCUGUGGGAUAUGGAGAACCGUCGCUACUUAGAUCUUACUGCUGGUAUUGCGGUCAACUCUCUCGGUCACUGCGAUCCCGAAAUUGCGAAGAUUGUCGCGGAACAGGCCGAGACCCUCAUUCAUGCUUCCAACCUCUACCAUAAUCCCUGGACUGGUGCUCUGAGUCAGUCGCUGAUCGAACAAACUCGUGCGUCCGGCGCUAUGCGCGAUGCGUCGCAGGUCUUCAUUUCCAACUCCGGAACCGAGGCCAACGAGGCUGCUAUCAAGUUCGCCCGCAAGGUCGGCCGCUCCAAGGAUCCCUCCGGUGCCAAGCACGAGUUCGUCUCCUUCCACAACUCCUUCCACGGCCGCACGAUGGGUGCUCUGUCCGCGACCCCGAACCCCAAAUAUCAGACUCCUUUCUCGCCCAUGAUUCCCGGCUUCAAGUACGGUCACUACAACGACGUCGAGCAGCUCCAGACUCUUAUUACGGAGAAUACGUGCGGUGUGAUUGUCGAGCCCAUUCAGGGUGAGGGUGGUGUCAAUGUCGCUACUCCCGAGUUCCUCGCUGCUUUGCGCAAGCGCUGUGACGACGUCGGCGCGGUUCUGAUCUUCGACGAGAUUCAGUGCGGUCUGUCUCGUACCGGCACUUUCUGGGCCCACGGUCACCCCUCCCUGGCUCCUGCCUCUGGCGAGGCUGCCCACCCUGAUAUCUUGACCUCUGCGAAGGCCCUUGGUAACGGAAUCCCCAUCGGCGCGACCAUUGUCUCUGGUAAGACUGUCGCAUCGCACAUUAAGACUGGUGACCACGGCACUACUUUCGGCGGAAACCCUCUUGCCUGCCGUGUUGCCCACCACAUCAUCGAGCGCCUGUCUGCACCUGAACUCCAGAGCGCCGUCAAGGAGAAGUCCGCCCAGUUUAUCGCUGGGUUUGAGGCUCUUCAGAAGAAGUUCCCCGACGUCAUCUCUGAGAUCCGCGGUCGUGGCUUGAUCUUGGGUGUCCAGCUUACUCCCGCUUUCUCUUCCAAGGCGGGUGACAUUAUUACCGCUGCUCGCGAGCGCGGCAUGCUUAUCAUCACUGCCGGUGAUGGUUGUAUCCGCUUUGUUCCUUCUCUGACCAUCACUGAGGAUCAGAUCAAGGCUGGCCUGAACAUCCUCGAGCAGUCUAUCGACUCAGUUGUGGCCAAGUCCUGA